GGAAAGGGUGUUUGCCCAGAAAAUACCAAGCCAGCUGGUGAAGGACACUCCGUUACCUGCCAGGAAGACGCGCUGCGCCAGACAGCUUUUCUGCUCAGCAUUAAGCAGAGUUCCCGCUCCUCUGAGGCAGCUGAAGAUGAAAAGGACCAGCGCACAGUGACAGUCAACCCCUCUCACAUGAGAAAGGCGUUCAAGGUCAUGAAUGAAUUACGGAGCAAGCGGCUCCUCUGUGAUGUGGUGAUUGUGGCCGAAACUGUGGAGAUGGAAGCCCACCGUGUGGUCCUUGCAGCCUGCAGCCCUUAUUUUUGUGCGAUGUUUACAGGAGAUAUGUCUGAAAGCAAAGCCAAGAAGAUUGAGAUAAAAGACGUUGAUGGGCAGACCCUGAGGAAGCUGAUUGAUUACAUCUACACUGCUGAGAUCGAGGUCACGGAAGAGAACGUGCAGGUUUUGUUGCCAGCUGCUAGUUUGCUGCAACUGAUGGAUGUUAGAAAAAACUGCUGUGACUUCCUUCAGUCCCAGCUGCAUCCCACCAACUGCCUCGGAAUCCGAGCUUUUGCCGACGUGCACGCGUGUACCGAACUGCUGCAGCAGGCGAACGCCUACGCAGAGCAGCACUUCCCCGAGGUGAUGCUAGGAGAAGAAUUUCUUAGCCUUAGUCUGGACCAGGUUUGCAGUUUAAUAUCGAGUGACAAGCUCACGGUCUCCUCUGAAGAAAAGGUCUUUGAAGCCGUUAUUUCUUGGAUAAAUUAUGAGAAGGAAUCUCGCUUAGAGCACAUGGCUAAACUGAUGGAGCACGUUCGCCUGCCCCUUUUGCCCAGAGAUUAUCUUGUACAGACAGUUGAAGAAGAAGCCUUAAUCAAGAAUAACAACACCUGUAAAGACUUCCUUAUCGAGGCCAUGAAAUACCAUUUGCUUCCUCUGGAUCAAAGGCAACUGAUAAAGAAUCCCAGAACAAAGCCGAGGACUCCCGUGAGCCUGCCAAAGGUGAUGAUCGUGGUGGGAGGGCAAGCGCCCAAAGCCAUCCGCAGUGUGGAGUGCUACGAUUUUGAGGAGGAGCGGUGGGAUCAGGUGGCUGAGCUUCCCUCAAGGAGGUGCAGAGCAGGUGUGGUGUUUAUGGCUGGCAAUGUUUAUGCUGUCGGGGGCUUUAACGGGUCCUUACGGGUGCGGACGGUCGAUGUGUACGACGGCGUGAAGGACCAGUGGACGUCCAUAGCCAGCAUGCAGGAAAGGCGAAGCACGCUGGGCGCAGCCGUGCUCAAUGAUCUCCUCUAUGCAGUGGGCGGCUUUGAUGGCAGCACCGGUCUGGCAUCAGUUGAGGCCUAUAGCUAUAAAACCAAUGAGUGGUUUUUUGUGGCUCCCAUGAACACAAGAAGAAGCAGUGUUGGAGCUGGAGCUGUGGAGGGUAAGCUCUAUGCCGUGGGCGGUUACGACGGAGCGUCCCGUCAGUGCCUUAGUACCGUCGAGCAGUAUAACCCAGCCACCAACGAAUGGACCUACGUAGCCGACAUGAGCACUCGGCGCAGCGGGGCAGGUGUCGGUGUUCUCAGCGGGCUGCUGUACGCUACCGGGGGCCACGAUGGGCCCUUAGUGAGGAAGAGUGUGGAAGUCUACGAUCCAGGAACCAACACCUGGAAGCAAGUAGCAGACAUGAAUAUGUGUAGAAGAAAUGCAG